CUCACUCGCUCUAUCUACCCUCCUCUCUCUCGCCGCCGCCACCGCCGCUGCCAGGAAUCGAUUUCCCGAAUCGAGAAGGGGCAGAAGAAUCUAGGGAUGUCCUCGCCGACGGCGGCCGUGGGAAGCGGCCGCGGCCGCGUGGUUCGGCCGCAGAGUCGGUUCUUGCCCUACAGAGAGGAACAAGACGAGGAGAGGUCGCGGCUCCUCUCCAAGAUGGACGCUUUCUACAGCGAGGCGUACUGCCGUCUCCCCGACGAGACAAGGCGCGUCGUGCUCGGUAGCUUGUACGACGCCGGCGUAUGCAUCGGCCUGCUCGACCCCGUCUCCAACAUCGUAGCCAACGCCCUCGUCGACCCUGCCUCCGUCACGCGCCGGGGUCCCAAUCCCGACCUCACCGCCGACGAGACCAAGCUUCGAGAGGAGAUGGGCAAGCGCUCAGUCGACGGCCUCGUCGCCUUCCGAGGCUCCGCCCCACGAAUCGAAAAGCUCUACUGUGCUGUGAUUGAUGGAAAGAUGCGUUCCGAGGCUCAGCAAACAAGAAUCUACAGAAAGGUGGAAGCUGCAUUGGGCAAACACUUGCUGCAAGAUGGGGAUCCCAUGUAUGAGCUUCAUAUUAUCUGUAGCGCCAACGACUCUGUAUGUGGCCCUGAAUACUGCAGUGACAAUGAUAAUGCUCUAUCUCCUGCCCCGUGCAAAUUCCGUUACUCCCAUGUAAACUUUUUGGCGACUCGGAAGGGCGCUCGAUCUGCUGACAGACAUCCAAUACUCUUUUUUGCUGAAUUUGAUAAUGAAGAGGAGGAGGGUGAACCCCUUCUGUGCUGUCCGGUGGAUGUGCCAACACCAUUUGCUGAGCAUGUGCGGUGCGUGUACUGCGAGGCAGACGGACUGAAAAUCGUGCACCCGGCUUCUGAAAAAUUACACGGGGGAGGCAGUGAGUUUGAUGUGGUGAUCUGCGGUAAACGCUUUCUGAACAACGACAUGCUUAUCUGCCAGAACGAGCUGGCUGUCCAGCGGAUGUGGGCAGUGGAUGAGGAUUUCAUGUACGUUACUGAUUUCAAGUAUUAAGGUGGGUUUGAUGCUGCGAUGGCUGCAAAAUGCAUCGGCCCUAGGAACUUCUCCUCUCUAAAUUUGGUGGUAGAUUGUGUACUAUUCCAUCCUUCCAUGUUACUAGUAGUUGAGAUAUCUUUCGGUUCUCCAUGCAGACAAUAUAUGUAAUAUAUUAUUGUCCUCACUUGGCGAGGCAAAUCUUUGUAUGGAUUUUGAACAUCUUUUGCUCA